AUGUCUUGUGUUUUAUCUUCUGUUCUUUCUGACGAUGAUAAACAAAAAUAUAUGGAUCGAAUAUUAUGUAAAUUAAAGAAUAAUCGGAAAUUAUUUAUGAGACGUAGAGAUCGUAGAGGUUUUUGUGGCAUGUCUUCAAAUACGAUUUAUAAUAAUGCUGCAGCAGAAACAUUAGAGAUUACAGAAGGAGUAUCUGGUCCUGCUCAUUGA